UAUGUGUGUGUGAUUGAAAUUCUAAAAAUUUAAGCAAAAUUCCAACGGUGCACGUUCGCUGAGUUCGCCGGCCUGAAAUCAUUGGCGCUCGCGGCAUCUACAACACCUGCAAUAACAGCCACAACAUGGACGUACUCAUGCAUGAUGUGUUGCACUGGUAUAGAGACCUGAUGGACAACAAAAGCGAUCCGCGCGUCAAUAAUUUCUUUAUGCUCUCCUCGCCUCUACCCACGCUGUUUUUGUGCCUCUUCUAUGCAUAUUUCAGUAAAUCUCUGGGGCCGCGGCUAAUGGCGAACCGUAAGCCGAUGGAUCUGCGCAAGGUGCUCGUCUACUACAAUGCGGUGCAGACCAUCUUCAGUGCGUGGAUAUUUUACGAGUACUUAAUGAGCGGCUGGUGGGGUCACUAUAGCUUAAAAUGCCAGCCCGUUGACUACAGCAACAGUCCCAUGGCCAUGCGGAUGGUCAAUAUCUGCUGGUGGUAUUACAUAUCAAAGUUCACAGAAUUCUUUGACACGCUCUUCUUUAUACUGCGCAAGAAGAAUGAGCACGUAUCAACGCUGCAUGUCAUACACCACGGCUGCAUGCCGUUCUCGGUGUGGAUGGGCCUUAAAUUUGCACCGGGUGGUCACAGUACUUUCUUUGCCCUGCUCAACUCGUUUGUACAUAUUGUUAUGUAUUUCUAUUAUAUGAUUGCUGCCAUGGGUCCAAAGUAUCAGAAGUUCAUCUGGUGGAAGAAAUACCUAACCACCUUCCAAAUGGUACAAUUUGUGGCCAUAUUUACGCAUCAGUUCCAGCUUUUGUUCCGUGACUGUGAUUAUCCCAAGGGCUUCAUGGUCUGGAUUGGAUUGCACGGCGUGAUGUUCCUAUUCCUAUUCUCUGAUUUCUACAAGGCUAAAUAUCUGAAUGCACAGCGUCGCCGCCGCGAGGCAGUCAAAGUCAAUGGCCAUGCCAAUGGCGUCUACACGAAUGGCAAAGUCAAGCAUUUAGGCAACGGAGAUGCCCCGCUCCCUGCCAAUGGCACCAACAAGGGUGCCUGUAUGCCCGUUUUGGACGAUGAAUAUGUGAAUAGCAACGGGCAUGCGAAUGGCUUUAAGGAUGGUUACUUCAAGGAGGGCGUACUCUCAACCAAUGAUGCCAUCUUGAAUCCGGACAGCAGUAGCUCUAGUCUGCACCAGCGCAAAGUCAAAUAACUACUACUAAGAUCUACUACGAUGAUAUUCAUAAUAUUAGUUUUAAGUAUUUAGCGUGUAACCGAACCAGAUCCGAUCGCGAAUCGAGCAGAUCGUAACAGGCUAAGGGCAGUAUAGAAAUGCAUCCAUGCAAAUAUGACCAUUGGCGACAUAAAGAAAAAAACAAAACAAACAAAAAAUGAUUAAAACAUUAUCUGAUUUUAAUAAUUUAUAAUAUAAAUAUAUAUUUAUGUAAAGGCAAGCCAGAUGUUAGUGUUUAAUGAGAAGUCACAUAUAUUACUAUAUAUACAUAUAUACGACAUAUGCAUAUAUACAUAUAUAAGUAGGCAGACCAAGAACCAGAACCAGGGAACCUCCAUUCCCUCCACCAACAAGACCAUCAGCACCCACUGUAGCCGAAGCCGUCAAGUAGAUUAAGAAUAUAUGAUGUAAACUGCUUAAGUAACUAAAUAACAACUAAAACAACAACAAUUGUUUAAUAUCAAACAUACUUUCGCUGGUAUUACUCCCACAUAUUAUAUGUAUAUGAUCACACCCCCACAUAAAUGGACACAUAUUUUUUGUAAAAAUAUUUUUGUAAACUCAGCUUGUAACUCCCGAUUUGUGACGUAUGUUAAACUGUCAACAUAUAUCAUUUCUAUACACUAGGGCAGUCACCACCCACACAUAUACCCACUCAUAUACACAUAUGUAUACACAUGCUAGGCAUUAACUUUUAUAUGACCAUUUUGGAUAACAUAAUGAGACGUCAACCUAACGAUAAAAAAUAUUACAAAAAACUAUGCUCUUAAGCCUGCUUUAAACUUAAACGUUAAACUAUUUGUAGCUUGUUUUUGUAUAUUGAGAGUUGGAGAAAACAUUUGUUGCAAUAUUUUGUAAAUGGUCUAAUGAUAAAAAAGAAACCCCUAUAUAUAGUGCGAUGUUGUAGUUAGCUAGCAAAACGAAGAAAAACCAAACAAGAAACAUUUAAGGAACGUAGCACAAAAUGCAAAUGCUGCGAAAAAAAAAGCAACAAAACAUUAUGGAAGAAUAGCUUUAGACUUUAAGUUCGAAAAAGCUAAAGGAGCAGACAAUCGGUUCGGCGUUGAACCCCAUUUAAAAUUUAAUGAAACAAACUAAAAUUUAAUGCAAACUCUUAACGAUAACAGCAAAAUCAUUGAUACAUCAUUGUUUAAGUUCAUGAUUCAUAUAUUGUUUUAAAA